AUGAUCAAAGACGACCCGAAGCUUAAACGGGGCUUCCAUGGACUUGGGUUCUCGCAGGGUGGUCAAUUCUUGAGAGCAGUAGCGCAAAGAUGCUCGGACCCUCCGAUGUUCAACCUGAUAACCUUGGGAUCACAACACGAAGGCUACUUUGGUUUAAAAGUUUUUCUGUGGAAACUAUUUCUAAAUAGCAUUGUCAUGAAGCAACAUUGGCACAAUCCACUCAACCACGACAAGUACAUCAAAGAAAACACAUUCAUUGCGGACAUAAACAAUGAAAAGGAGUUUAAUGAAGACUAUAAGACUAUAACCUAUCCAAUCUUAAAAACUUAG